GGAUAUUUCGGUUUCCCACCAAAAUCCAAAGCGCAGAAGAUAUUUAGAGAGAGCCUCCACUUCUGUGUAGGAGAUGAAGAAGCAGACCCAGCUCACUGAUCAGUGGUGUUGAGAAAGAAAAGGAAUUUAUAUUUCUUCUUCUCCCUCCCUCCGUCCCUUCCUCUCCCUUUCUCUCUGUAGGCUUUUUCUUAUCAUCUGCGAUGUUGCAGUCCCACUGCUACCACCACGUUCUCUUCUCAAUCCCCUCUGUUCCUUUGUCGCUCCCGCAUAGCCCCUCUCUCUCUAUUCCUUUAACUUUGUCCCCUUUUCUCAAUUUUCUUCACAAACCCACAAUUCUUCAUCCUGUUUCAGCCACUCCUCCUUCCUCUUCUUCACCAUGGUUAACUCAUCUUGCAGAACUCGCGGCUACGGCGCAAGAUGGCCCCAUCGAACUUCCAUUGUCUACGCCCUCCAUUUUCGCCACCACGGACGAGCCUUCUACAAUUCAAAUCGCUACCAGUGUUCUUCUCACCGGAGCCAUCACAGUCUUCCUCUUUCGAUCCAUCCGGCGUCGGGCAAAACGUGCCAAAGAAUUGAAAUUUAGGUCUUCGGGAGUGAAGAAGUCAUUGAAGGAAGAAGCAUUAGAUAACUUGAAAGCGAUGGGGUCAUCUUCGAUUGAAGCUAAGGGUACACCUUCACCUGUUCAGGCAUUGAUAGGGGGAAUAUCAGCUGGUAUUAUUGCUCUUAUUCUCUAUAAAUUCACUACCACCAUUGAGGCAGCUCUAAAUCGCCAAACAGUUUCAGAUAAUUUCUCGGUGCGCCAGAUAACAAUCACCGUAAGGACAAUAGUGAAUGGCUUGUGCUACCUCGCUACAUUUGUUUUUGGCAUCAACUCCAUAGGUUUGUUCCUUUAUUCUGGCCAGCUUGCCUUGAACUCCCUUACGGAAGGUUCAACUGAAAAGAAAACUGAAAGCCAAGGCGUUGGACGGCAAGGUUUAUCAAAUUCAUCAGUUGAGGGUCCCGCAAAUAACACUCAACUGAGCAACAGGACUGAAGAUGAAACUUCGAACGAUAAACAAUAGUGAGAAUCUAAUGAAGUUGAAGUGGAGGAACAGGUCCAGAUCCUCUUACUGAUUUGUAGAGGUGAUCUUCACCAUGGCUCUUUCACUUUUGAGAGUCAUGGUCAAUUGGUUUGAAGUCAAUCUACCUUCGAUGUAAUUAUCAGUCUUAAAAUAGAAUGCGGUAGAGGCUACCUUAUUUUA